GUUACACUCUUCCAAAACGAAAUCAGCCAGACUUUCCCAAACUGUCCGUUUGAUAUCAAAUUAACACACACACGCGAAAUGAGACAUUCUGCGCUCGACCAGUUUCUUCCAUCCAACUUUUUAUUUGUCAUCCCGCUAUAUAUUGGAGUGGAGCUCAUUCUUUCAUUUGCCAUUUUGAACAAGGCUGGUGGCGUUUAUGGUGUGCUUUCAAUCUUGACUGGCCAUCAUAUGAACUUCUGGCAAUGGGUCUACAAUUUACUUGCAUUUUUGGUGCUCCCCUUCUAUGUGUCGGCUUUAUUUAGCUUUCUGGAUAGGUCCACUAACUUGCGCAAAAUGUGCUUGGGCUGUCUGAUCUACAUUCUCGACACUUUGGUCGGGUUUGUUUACACUCUUUACUUCGUAUACUUCUGGUUUAGUCGAGAAGACAACCACCCUGCAGGCACCUUAGGUGAAUCUGCCUUGGACUUGGCUCAAAGGUCUAUAGACACCUCACAGUCUGCAUCGCCUGGAAGAGAGUUGUUUUUGACGAUAAGCGGCACAUUUUUGACCACGUCCAUGCGUGUGUACUUCUGCAUUGUCUUCCUUUCUUUCACCAAGCAGCUUUUGCUCCAGUCCAUCCGCAAUCAAUGGUAUCACGGCCACGACUCGGUGUGUGAGGAUGCCAUGCACACUUCAGUUGGGGGUAAGAUCCGUAAGGUCGUGUAUGCGCUUGAAAUGAGAGCAAGGCAUUUCUUUAUCGAAAUGUUUGUCUCUGGAAACUCUCCAGAGUAAUGAUGAUCAGGAAACUACUUGGCUAUAGAAUUUAUGAUUCGUCUUUCUUCCACGAAUCUAUCUCCCUAUCUGAGGAUAUUACUCAGAAUGGAGUUGAACAAAUGCGCGGUUUCCUCUGCAUACUAGCUUGAAUUCGGUUAAUUCUUUUUCAUAAUGCGUAAGGCAGACUCUUGAGAUUUAAUCGGUCGCAGGCUUUUAACACGAAGAGGCACGAGGCGGCUUACAAAGCCUUACUAUUUAAUAUACUCCAAAUAUAAUGUUAAGAAGAUCAACUCUUAUUUCUUAUCAGGGCUUUCAGUCUUAAAUAUUACACGGGUAUACCCAGAGCAAGAGACUUAAUAAUUCAGACCCACUCACUCCACUCCACCACUUUUAGGCUGCUGACGAGCGCUCAGUCUACU